AUGAUAUUAACUACGGAAAUAAAUACAAUAGACCGUGGCCAAAUAAGUAAUAAUGCAGUGCAUCAACAAUUCGAAGAUAUAUUUUUAUUUGAUAAUUUUUCAAAAUCUUUAGAACAAUUUGAACGUCGUCUUUAUCAGGUCACUUUUAACAAACUUCUAUCAAUAAGUCCUGCAGGUCGUCAAGAAAAUGGAAUAAGUUUUAUACAGUCGGCUCUAUUCUUAUAUUUAGCUCUUAUGGCGAUAUCUACAGAAGUUGAUCACUUCACAAGGGUAGAAAUCGAGAACUGCUUAAAUUACGAGGGAUCUAAAAUAAACAAGAUGAAUAUCUUGAGAGAAAUUAUAUCAUGGCUACCCAAUUCUAACAGAAAUAUGAAAUUCCGGUGGACCUUCCGUCUAAUACUAAACUCCGAGACGCCGGUGAGCCAAGAAUUUGUCGAGGAUAGCGCAACAGUCAGACUACAUGUGACACAUUUGAAUGACACCAAACAUCCGGACGUUAUAUCAAACACUCUUAAUCGAAUAAUUGAGAAAGAUUCAGGUGGAACAAUGCAUAAUACAUUUGAAGAGGACGACAUGUUAAAGGAAAUAUGUUCAAUACUGUUGACUACGAUGUACAUACGUCCUCGGUGGCGAUCAGCACCCACCGUUCUCAAUGGCACUAGAGCGUUCUAUGAUACUAGCGAAUCAAAUCAACACCCCGUUCGUAUGAUACGAAUAAACGAUGUAAUGCAGUACGCAGCUCUAGACGAAUGGGAUUCUGACGCCAUCGAAAUUAGCUAUGGGAUUCCUAAUUUAACCAUUUUGUUGCUGGUACCUCGAGGAUAUUCACUCAAGAAUUUAACAAAAAUAAUGACUUAUACCAAUAUACGGGAUAUCACUACGAAGAUGCGUAAGUUGCGUGUGGCCGCAACUUUGCCCAUUUACACUUUACGUAUGACUUUACUGCUACCAGAAAAACUGAAAGCGAUGGGGAUGUCACGUUUAACAGAGAUAAAUAAUUCCAAUCGCUGCAACAUAAUAAGACUUUCCCAUGCAGUUCAGCGCCUUAUGUUUUGGGCGGAAGCAGGGCGUAAUGCUUUUAAAGAUGACGGUAUUGAGUGGGACGAGGCUCCGGAUAUUGAAUUUGUUGUUAACCGACCUUAUCUGUUUUAUCUUCGAUGGAAAAAUAUCACUCUUAUUAAUGGAAACUUUGUAUUAUAAAAAUUAAUUUACUAAAGGCCUGUUUCACCAAUUGUGGAUAACGCUAUUUGACGGAUGACGAUACAAAUAGUCUUUGACAGUGGGAGAUAGAAUGGGCCAGUAGAACCUAAAUUAAUAAAUUGUAAUUUUCAGAGAAAUAUAUGCGAAUAGAAAUACCUCAUAAAUAUAGUA